AUGGCUCGAAGUAGGACGGGAAUAAAUGAUUUACCAGAUUCCUUACUGUGCCUGAUACUGAGUAGAGUUCCUUUGGAUCAGGCAAUUCGUUGUUCUGUGAUUUCUAAGAGAUGGAGAUUUCUUUGGAGGUACUUACCCAACCUAAGGUUUUCAGAGGAAAUAUUUUAUUCAUCAGCCCGCCUAUUUGAAAUCCAAAACAUAAUUGAUGGUAUUCUUAAGUGGCAUUCUGUACCCCUUGAACUUUUCCAAUUUUACGGAUUAAUCAGCUUCGUCGUUUCAAGGGCAAAGAUAAAUGAGUGGAUUCACCAUGCUGCUCUAAAAGAUGUGAGAAAGAUAAGUCUCCAGUUUCAUAGAGAGGUUGAGGUUCCGAAUUCUGUGUUUUUUUGCACCAAGCUCAGAUAUCUGUGUCUCAGGAAUUUUCGUCUCGAAAACAUGCCUGGCUCCUGUGGUGGCUUCGCCUGCCUCGAAACCCUCUAUUUGCUCUACAUUAAGCUGAAUGACAAGACCCUCGAGCUAAUGCUGCAAUUAUGUCCAGUUCUGAAAGUUUUAGUCGUCGGUAAUUGUCAUGGGGUUCAAAGAGUAAAAGUAUGCUCUGGAAGUCUUAUUUUUCUCCAUCUUGAUUUUCCAUCCUCAUCUAAUGGAAUCAGGGCAAUCACAGCAAGUUGCCCGCGAUUGGUGAGUCUUGCAAUAAAAGUACCGUAUCAUGUGGAAAAGAUGAAAUUCGAGUUGCCAGCAUGUUUACAUUUGUCGACCACCGCUGCACAACUUGACCCGUUUACAACCCUGAAAUCACUCAGGAAAAUGACAAUUUUAAGUGUGAUUUACCAGGGCGAUGUGAGCUGCUUACACAAAUUUCCAGAUUUGAACCAGAUUUGCAUCGACAACGCUAAGUAUCGUGCGCGGCUAAGUUGA